UUACUAAAACGAAAAUAAAAAAUGUUAAAAGUUUCCUGGUUAGUUGUUCUUAUUUUUGUAAUUGGAGUUUAUACUCAUAAUGUUACUAAAUUAGGAAAACCAUGUGACGGUAAUCAUUUACCAGUUGGUUGUGGCGUUAACCAAGAAUGUGUGUUCAACACAAACAAAACGUUUCGUUGCUACUGUGCACAAAAUUUUGUCGAAUCUGAUGGCGAGUGUUUAAAAAUAUCGACAACUGCUGCUGCAUCUAUUGAUCCAGCGGAUCAGCAACAUAAUAAAUCAUCAGGUAAUUCAGUCGCCAUCGGAUUAUUAAUACCAACAAUUCUAAUAAUUGUUGGUGGCGUAGGUUUUUGCUGUGCAAGACGAUAUCGAUUAUUACCAUGCCGACAAAAUACUUACGGUAAUGUUUUGGUAACAAGAGAUGAAGAUGAUGAUGAUGAUCCACCGAUCGCGUAGAAUAUAAAAAGACUGAUAUAAUUAAUAUGUUACGGUUUAAUGAAAAUAAUAUAAUUUUUUGUAUGUAUCUUUGAAAUUGUAUUAAUUUAAUUACAAAAUUUUUAUAUUUUUUUAGUUAAGCAAAGUUAAAUGCAUAUCAUAAAUAAGAUAAUGCAUUAAAAGUUGGGCAUUUUUUUAACUGGAAAAGUUGAUUAGUCACUUUCAAGCCAUUUUUAUACAAUUAACAUAAAUGCUGUAUAAAUAAAAUGUGUAUAUCUAAUAACUUUUAUAUGUUUAUAAAAUUAAAAAAAACAAAAGAAGGCCAAAUGUGUAAAUAAUCGACUAAUGUUCGUAUUUAUAUACUUUAUUCUAUUGAAAAUAACAGUAAUAUAAUAAAAAUUACUUUUAAGAAGACGAACUAAACGACAGAAACUGAAAUUUUUAUACUUAAAAAAAAUAAUAAAACAGCUGUGAAAUAAAUUUGAAUUCGCGUUUGAUGUGUGCAAUUGUUUUUGCUCAAACAUAAAUAUAAUCACUCUACCAUUAGAAUUGGAAAUAUUAAAAACCGAAUUUAUUCUUGCCAAACUAAAAUGAAUAAAUGUUAUUUUGUAUUUAUUAAUAAAAAAAUUUUUUUUUA